UGUUGGAAAGGAAGAUUUCGACAAGACAAAGCAGAGAGGAGCUGAUAAGAAGGGGAGUGCUGAAGGAAAUGCCUGAGCAAGAUGGUGACGUAACGGUAAAUUUUGAAACUUCAAAUGGACACACAGUAGCCAUUGGUGAAGAAAGCAUACAGGAAGAAAAUGUGGUAAAAACCAGUGAAGAUAGUGGUACUUUAUCAGAGAAAGCAUCAGCAUUGGAAGGCAAAAAAGAAGACCAAAAAGAGAGCACUACUGAUCACUGCCCAGAAAUCCCGGCAUCCCAUGCUCCACCACCACCCAAGCCUAAGCCUAAAUCUAAAAAAGCUCCACUACCACCAAAAAAUGCUAUUGCUGCUUCCACCACCACCACCAGCCAUAACAGUAACGAAGCACCUCACGCUAAAAAAAAGGGAAAGGCUCCUGCUAAGCAGCCUCCUCUCCCACCACCCAAGCCAACAAGUCACGGUGCAAACCGAGAAGCUGCUAGUUCUUCUCAUGCAAAAAAACCACCAGUCUCCAAGUCUUCAUCACCAUCUCCUUCGUCCACAUCAUCUCAUCCCAAAGCCUCUAAGGAGACUUCCAGCAAAUCGGGCACAUCAGGGACUCCCAGGGGCAAGAAAAAACCUGGGAAACAGUCAGCCCCACGAACAGCACCGGAUGGGGCUGCUUCUUCCCCCUCAGGUGUCACAGCCAACAGGUUGGAAGUGAAGGCAGAAAAACCCGAACCUGAGCAACCUUCCAUAGUAAUUUCCGAAACGGAGGACGCAGACCAACCGAGCAAGCUCGUUGUCCCCCCUCCUCCCACCGCUGCCCCUCCACCACCUCCACCUCCACCUCCUUUUCCUGCUGCAGCUGGUCAGCCUGUUGUCCCCUCAGAUGCCCAGGACAUCUCAGACGGCUGUGUGGCAGGGUCGGCCGUCCCCGCAUUGGUUACUAAACCUCUUCUCCAGACUGAGCAUGGCACGGACGAGAGCCCGAGCAGUACGGCCCUAGACAGCAGUCCAGAUGCUAGUGGAGGAGACACAAAAAGCUUGGCUACCAAAGAAGACCAAGAAGUGGAGGCACCUGACCAGGCAUACUCUGAACCGGUGGGGGAGGCUUCUGAUGCUGCUGCCCUUCCUGAGAGCGAAAGUAGCAGAGAGAGCCACAGCAGCGACUCAGACUCUGAUGGGCCGAUACUGUACACCGAUGAUGAUGAAGAUGAUGAUGAUGAUAACACAAGUGCUGAAAGCUCUUUGGCAAGUAAAAUUCGUCGUAGGGAUACUCUUGCUAUCAAACUUGGCAACAGACCAUCUAAGAAGGAAUUAGAAGACAAAAACAUCUUGCAGCGUACAUCCGAAGAGGAGAGGCAGGAAAUCAGACAUCAGAUUGGAACGAAGCUAGUGAGGAGACUCAGCCAGAGGCCUACAACUGAAGAGCUAGAGCAAAGAAAUAUCCUGAAGCAGAAAAAUGAAGAAGAGGAACAGGAAGCCAAAAGAGAAAUAAAACGUAGACUCAGUAGAAAGCUCAGCCUGAGGCCUACAGUGGCUGAACUUCAGGCAAGAAGAAUCCUUCGAUUUAACGAGUACGUGGAGGUCACAGAUUCUCCGGAUUACGACCGUCGUGCCGACAAGCCUUGGGCCAGGUUAACUCCCGCAGACAAGGCAGCAAUACGGAAAGAACUGAAUGAAUUUAAAAGCACAGAAAUGGAAGUACAUGAGGAAAGUCGGCAAUUUACCAGGUUUCAUCGUCCAUAACUGUUUGACCACAUCCCAUAUUUCAUGUAACAGUUUUCUUUGGGGAAAUCAUUGC